AUGAAGAAAAAGGGCAAAGGAAAGCUUGACUCUAAUCAAGGUUCGGUUGCUGAUGAGGCAGGUAGUUCUAAAAGUACUAAAGAUCCUAGCCCGAAGUCUGUGGUUGAAACCCAGGGAACUUCAGUUGGUUUGGCCAGUGCUUCUCUCUCUUCUGUCCCGGUAGCUACUUCUCAGCCCUGUUCAAAUCUCAAAAUCCCUGUACCUAAACCCCGUUCUUUGAAAAAGCCAACUAAGUCUAAAUCUUCACCUUCUUCCCCGACUACUACAAUUGCUACUCACAAUCCUUACGAUGUGUUAGCACCUCCUCUCAGUUGCCCACUCCCUCCUAACCCCUCAAUACCAUCUUCUACACCUGAUAUUAAUCCUCCUACCCCCUCUUCAUCUUCAACUGAUCCUAUCUCCUACAUGGUUAUUGACUCUCCAAUCCGAAACCUUCAAGCCACUGGCUCUGGGGAAAUUCCUCCACCUUCAGGAGGAACUCCUCAGCGCACAUAA